UGUCUAUCAGUGCCCUCCCUGCCUACCGACCUGAUAGCACAACCAAGUAGGCAGACAUCAUGCCACCUGCUUAUGUGUUUUACGUCAUCAAAUUGUGACGCAGCGCCCUCACGUAGGUGCUCCACUGUGACAUCACAUGCCCUUUGCAGUAUAUAAAGCCGGAAGCGGAAGCGUCUUCCAGAUGCACCAGGCAGUGUGGGACGCUUAGAAUCGUUGCCCGCGGCUUCCCUAGUCCGGGCGACUAGUGUCCCCCUGCUUCCCAACUGCCAGCCGAGUGCCUCCGUACCCGAGAAGAGAAAAAGAGGUGGAAGAGGAAACAUGAAUAUGCUGUUGCUUCUACUGAGCGGCAUUCUGUUUGCUUUUCUGUUUGUCUUCUGGAAAAGCCGCUUUCAGAGCAGCGUUGGUGAAAUGUCAUCAAAUUCGACUUCUCUUGCACUAGUAAGACCAACCUCUUCUACUGGGUCAACUAAGAGCAAUACUGAUAAGAGUCUUUCAGUCACCAGCCUCUCUCGGGAUAUCUUAAUUAAUUCCCCACACAUGAUAACCAUGCAGAAGCGAAUACUGGUAAACCUCAGGAUCGUGGAAUACAAGCUGGCUGAAUUGGAACAUUUCCUAGUUAUCAAGGGCUUAAAUGGUGCAUUAGUUAACUGGAAAUCUGACAGGCUUAGAGAAUGUCGUAACAGUGAAGGCAAUCAUUAAAGGCACUUUG